CUGUAAACGCCAGUCUACGUUACACAUCAAGCAGAGAUCCUUUCAUCCUAUCGUCCUUCACUCUUAUCCGUGGCUCGUCGGCUCCUAUUGUGAAUGUCACAGCCGGGGAAAACCGAGAGGGAUGAAGCGCUUUUAUACACAACGGCUCUAACCUCGAAGGGCCGCAACGCGUACUAUCCCUUUGUACAUACGUUGUGUGAUAUUGUAUUAGAAAAGUAUCACUCUAACUCCACCGCAAACUCUAACCCCACCGCCAACUCCAACUCCGACGCAAACUCUAACCCCACCGCAAACUCUGACUCCGACGCAAACUCGAACCCCACCGCAAACCCCAACUCCGACGCAAACUCGAACCCCACAAACUCUAACCCCACCGCAAACUCUAAACGUGGACCGAGCCGUCUAUUUGGCGCGCCGGGACUUGUGCCGCCUGAGAUCGUCGUAGCUGCGAUCCCGCCGUCUCCGAUCGUGUUUGUUGUGGCGGUCGUCGUGGGGCCCCACAUUCUCAUCGUUCUCGCGCCUGAUUUUUUCCUUCUUUCGUCCUUCUCGUUCCCGCACACUAUCUUCCGCUUCAGCACGCGCCUUCAACGCCACGGCUCUAUCUCUCAAUAUCUCCGCCUCCUUCUUCUCCGCCUCAGCAGUUUUCUGGCGAGCCACCGCCAGCUGCUGCUUGAUCUCCUCUAAAGCCAGUUGCGCACGCAGCUCCUUGGCCUCGGCUUCCAUCCGCGUCACUCGUUCGUUCUCACCAUCUUACGA